CAAGCACAUCCAAAUACUUCCAUUUUGAAACUAAAGCCAUUUCAGCAAAUUUAGCCAUAACUAUUUAUAUUACAACAUCUCCUUGUUUCACCCCCUGCCUGAUCAGGACAUCAUGUACCUGUCAGACAAGCCCAACUACCUCCUGAUCCAGACUCUGCUGGAUUUAUUGCACCAAGAACUGCACUUGCUCAUAGAUCCACCAGACGGCACUAAAGAACACCCAGCUACCACCUGCUUGGAGCUCUGGCUCUCCCAGCCCAACUUCACUAAUGGGAUGUAUUACAUUGAUCCUAACCAGGGCAGCCCAGCUGAUGCCCUUCUGGUGUACUGUGACUUCACUGCAGCACCAAAGACCUGUCUGUCUCCGCUCCAGCCUCAGGUGCCAGUAAAAGCAUGGCUGAAGGAUUCUGGGACAAAUAACUCAUUUCAUUGGUUGAGUUCAAAGGAAAAAGGCUUUCAGUUUGAGUAUCUAGGACCCGACGUGGUGCAGAUGAGAUUCCUGAGGUUGAACAGCAGGCUCACCAGUCAGAACAUCACAUACUCCUGCCAGCCUGGGAACAUACAGGGACCAGGCGAAAGAGAGGUGAAGUUCCUGGCAGACACACAAAGACAGAGUUACCUGGGGACAUUACAAGAUUGCGUGCCCUCUGAGGAGCUGCAUUCCGGAGGCCGUCGUGAGGCGGUGUUCCAGUUUGAGAGUGAGGACUUGGAUCUGCUUCCCCUGAGAGAUCUGGCAGUGUUUGGCAGCAGUGACCUCACACAGGAGUUUGGAUUCACUGUUGGGCCUGUGUGCUUCAGCUAAAGGAAGAGAGACACUCUCUAAGGACUGAUAACAGCAGAGACAACAAUGAGACAACCACCAGCCAGUGGGGAAAUGACCCAGAGAAAUGGGAGAGAAACAGAUACAGAGAAAGACAUCAGCAUCUCUCCUCUUCUCAUGACAUUCUUGUUUAUUGCUAAGACAAAGUAGACGUACCAACCAACAGGAAAAAGUGUCUCUUUUCUCUAUCCAAAGGUUGACCAGUUACAAAUAUGAACUGGUUAGCCUAUCCAUUUUCAGGCCAGUGAUAUUCUUGAGAGAAAUUAUCUUUGUAUUUUUGUUUACACUGAUUUCACUGGUGAUAUUGAAACAUGCUUAUUUAUGUAAUUGGUUUAAAUGACCGAGGUUUCUUUAAAUGCUAAAGGUUGCUAUAAUUAUUUUUUCACGUUACCCAUACUUAAUUCAGGUAUGUUCUUGAUGAAGAGCACUGUGGUUUACACAUUAACCUUCACUGCUGCAAUUUAACAAUGUGUCCCAAAUUGGAGACAUAGCUAAAUCUCUAUUUUAUGAGCUCCUUGCUCACUCUACGUCAUUAUAUACACACUAUACCCUUACAUCUAUUAUUAGGAACUAUGACAAUGAAUUAUGUCUGGUGAUAAUAUUGUAUGCAUUAUUGCAUCACCUGAUAGAUGCAGUAACCUAAUCACCAUUUGUGAAAUUGUGAUGUUUUGAUUUCUGUUGAUACAGAGGAACAAUGCAGUACUGUAAAAAAAAAAAAUGUGUUUUUACGUUUUUCUUCAGUUUCAUCUUUGUUUCAAUAUAUGUAUUUAAUUGUGUGAUUUACUUAAUUUAUAUGCUGGCCAUUUUCUUUGUUGUUUUUCUUUUUAAGUUUGAAUAAAUAGCAAUCAUUCAUAUUCUCAUGUUUUGUAUUGUGC